CCCUCCUCCACAAACACUGACGAGACGAGCGUGAAAGGUAGUGCUCAAUCUCUGCGACCGGACGACUCCUCGGUUGACGCGGAGGUGGCUGAGGAGGAGAAGGAGGAGGCGUCUGAUGGCUGUAACGCCUUCAGUAAGGGAAGUGGUUCUUCCACCACCUCCUCCUCCUCCUCAACUAAAGGUCUCAAACGCUCAGAACUACUGUUGGAGGAACUACAACGUCGUGAAAUGAUCCGUUUUGAGGAUGAACUGCACAAGAUCAUCCUCAUUCCUCGAGUUUAUCUUGAGUUCGACAGCGAUCUCGCAGCGGCUGCUGGCGGAGGUGGCAAUGAAAGUGAAGAUAAGGAGAUGCAGCGCUUCUACGACUACGCCCAUAGAGACGACUAUCUCUAUGGCUAUGGUUCCCAUUUCGUUCGAAAACGUCGUGACACAAAUCCAACGAGUGCUAUGUUGCCGCAAAAGGUCAUACGCGUCCCCGUCUCUCCCGAGAGCAAUGGGGAUUCUAGUGGGUCAGCGAAAUUGAGUUACCUUGUAACUGGAUUGGACCAUUUCACCGAGUACUUGUUCUUUAUUUCCGCGUGUCACGAACCUCAUGAUGAGUAUGGCAACCAGCUGUCCUGUACGAGUACAGAUUGUGACUUGGAGCAGGAUGCGGGUUGCAGUCAAGCUGUGCGCAUAUCUCAGCGCACACAGGCCAUUCCGCACGCGGACGAGGUGCCCUCAGCUAGCCUCUACGCUCUCACCCCUCUCCAACCUACCACUGGUAGUAGCCAGUCCCGUGUUGACUACUUGAGUGAUCCCUUCGUCAACCUCUCUCGAUCCGCUCUCAAUGAUUCAGUCGGCACCUCUGCCACUGUCGCCCAAAAGGAGACACCUGCAAGCCCAAUCAAACUCUUUUGGAACGAGCCUAACAAUCCUAACGGACUUAUCCUCUACUAUUGGCUUCAGUACCGUCGUACUGAGGGAGCUUCUACUACCCCAGAGGAAUCCUCUUCUCUGCCAUGGUUCACAAUCUGUGUAACGCCCAAAUAUUUGGAGGACGAUGCAGCGAUCAAGGCUCUGGCAGGUCUGCGUUGCACGACGUCACUGUUGAAGGAGGAAGCAGUGGUAAUUGCGGAGCAGGUAGCAAAAUCAGAGGAAGAUGCGAAUCUACAGUGCGAUUCAGCCGCCAGAACCGUCUUUACAGAGUUGGGGUUUCUGCGUGCUGGAUUCUACGAAUGGCAAGUGAUGGCUGUGUCUUUAGCAGGGAAUGGAUCGUGGACUAAGUCUCACUUCUUUGAUGUGCAGGUCAACAAUACCUUGCAACCAUCUCACAUAGCGGCGAUUUUGGUGGUCACUCUAUUGGUAGUCGGCUUUGUUAUUGCGUUCGCCGUCUGGUUGGACUACCGGAAUAGGAACAGACGAAGAAUGAAUGCAUUGAAGAAUCGCAAAUCGGAGUACUUGGAAUCGCUGUUGCUCGAGAACUUUCAAGACGAGUGGGAAGUGGAUCCAAAAGAUCUGAGCUAUAACGUGGAAGACACACUGGGUCAGGGUAGCUUCGGUCUUGUUUGCCGUGGUCGUCUUGCUCGUCUCACCACCCCUGCGGCCGAGUAUCUUCACCUCACAUCCGCAUUUACGUCUGGAAGUAGCGCUAGUGCUGGAGGUGGAGGGAAUGGAAGGCCUUCCUCUACAUACUCCACUUCGGGGUCAAAAAACUGGUUCACUUUUAUCCUAUCGAGACGCUUCCGUCGUGCCUCUGGUGCAAAUGGUGAUGCUCAGGGGAUGGAUGUUGCCGUAAAAAUAUUAUCGCCAGGAUCCACCUAUGAGGAUGUUCGUGAAUUCCUUGGUGAAGCCUCUCACAUGAAACAGUUUAACUGCAACCACAUUGUUCGUCUGCUUGGAAUUGUUUCAAAACAGAUUGCCAAACUUACCUACGCAUCAAAUGACUUCUUUGCUCUUCGCUAUGCUUAA